AUGAUGACUUUUUAUGGCUUUCAGGACAUGGGCAUCUGCAGCAGCAAGAAAAACGUUCCCUAUGAGUUGUCCGACGAUCAAAUUGCAGCGAUUCGGGAGGUUUGGAUACGGUUUGACAAUCGAAGAAUGCAAAAAAUGGAACAUUUAUUUGAUUUCAGAGCUAAGACGGAUAAUGUCGGCAAGAAGAUUCUACAGACUUUGAUUGAAAAACGCCCAAAGUUUGCUGAGUAUUUUGGCAUACAAAGCGAAUCUCUCGACAUCAGAGCCUUGAACCAGAGCAAAGAGUUUCAUUUGCAGGUGAAAAUGAAGCAUUUAGACGAAAAAAUGGUUGAAUUUUAGGCUCAUCGGAUCCAAAACUUCCUCGAUACGGCAGUCGGUUCAUUGGGAUUUUGUCCGAUUUCAAGCGUCUAUGACAUGGCCCACAGAAUUGGACAAAUUCAUUUUUAUCGGUAAGAAAAGUUUUUGGAAGUCAUACGCGGAGUCAUUUUAAAUCAUAAUGAUUUUCACCAGGUUACUUUGGAAAAAUGGUAUUUUCUGAAUUUUACUGUGAACCUCAGUAAGAAGUAAGUUACAGAGUGGCAUCAAAAUUGGCACUGAGUUUCAAUAAAACCAUGAAAUGUAUACCUUGAAUGCUCUAGUAUUUGUGAAACGUUUUUAAUGAGAAAAAGUUUGAAAAAAAUAAACCACUAAAUUUCAGAAUUAUCAAAUUAAGUUUAAUUAUUAUGGUUUCGAGGACUCCUCCCCAAAUUUUUCAGACCGGGGCAAAAAAUAGUCAUUUUUAGGCAGCUAGUGAAUAUAAACCAGGUCCUGGUUUCUCACUUACAAGUUCUUUUGAAUUCUCGUUUUUCCCAAAAAACUGCACCUCAUCCUUUUAUUUGUGACAUAUAAAACCCAAUUCGCAGUACUAAACAUUUCGUUUCAUAAGAAGGGCAGUAACUUCAACCAAGAAGAGCUCUGAAGAAGUCAUAAAGUACUGAACCUUUUUUCCAGAGGAGUAAACUUUGGCGCAGACAAUUGGCUGGUGUUCAAGAAAGUGACAGUCGACCAGGUCACUAUCGGCUACACCGAUUCCAACAGUGUCGGCGGCGUCGCCAACGACUCGGCCAGCAAUGGAACUCUCAACGGGAAAGCAUCUGGGGUCGCGGGAGAAACCAAAGAAACUCCGAACCCUGUGAGAAACUCCUCAUCUUGUUUCAAAAUUUGUAUUCGACAUUUUUCGAAGAUGAACGACGUCAACAACGUCUACAGCGGCGAGAACUGCUUGGCUCGUCUUGGCUGGAACAAACUGAUGACUGUCAUCGUUCGCGAAAUGAAGAGAGGUCAGGAAUUUUUUUAGCAUAAAGUGGCUCGCAUGUUUUUUUUUUGUAAAUGCUGUUCCUUCACAGAUAAUAACCAAACUUAUUAAUGAAUAUAAAAGAAAGUCGGCAAAGUUGAACAAAGUACUUUGACUCAGAUCGGUCAUAACCGUAUUUUUAGUAAUUGGAGAUAACUUUUGAAGCAUCAAAAGAGUUUCCUAGAGAUUCUAGAAAAACAAACUGUAAGUUUCCGUAUGUAAGGUUUUUGAAACAAAAAUCUUCCUUUAUUUCCAUUUAACACCCAUCGACUCAUAACAAUGUUUCAAAUUGCAACUUUUCCAGGUCAAUAUGCAAUGUUCUUACAAGAAAAUUACGAUUCUGAUCAGUUUGAAAAUGCUUCGGAGGAUUAUCCAGUGUUUCAGCCCAAUUAAUCAGCAAUAAUCAGAAGAAAUUUCAGAAUUUUCAAACUCUAAUUCAUUUAUAAACCAUGAAACUUCUCAUCUCAAAACUUUUCAGGAUUCCUUGAAGAGGCGAUGAGAAACUGCAAGGAAGAAGAAAACACCCUAUGA